CCUCUCUCUCACUCUUUCUUUCGAGGAACAAAGAAAAAAGCUAACCAUCUCCUCUGUUUCUCAAGAUCUCUUCUCUCUUUGUGUUCUUGUCGAAGAAGGCAAAUUAUUUGAUCUUUUUGUUCCGACAAGACUGAAAAAAAUGGAUAGACGACGCAGAAGACAGAGCAAGGCCAAAGCGUCUUGUUCGGAAGAAGUGAGUAGUAUCGAAUGGGAAGCUGUGAAGAUGUCGGAAGAAGAAGAAGAUCUCAUUUCUCGCAUGUAUAAACUCGUUGGAGACAGGUGGGAACUGAUAGCCGGGAGGAUUCCGGGACGGACGCCGGAGGAGAUAGAAAGAUAUUGGCUCAUGAAACACCGUGUCGUUUUUUCCAACAAACGAAGAGAAUUUGCUAGGAGAUGAUUUUUUCGAUAAAACAAAUAUUUGUCCUCUCCUGAAUUUUCACAUGGCAAGAAAAAAAAGGAAAAGUAGAUGUUCUUUGAGUUUACUAGUUUUGUAAUAUAUAAUUAAUCUUUCUAUAUAUAUAAUUUUUCUUAGGAGCUUCAAUUUUAUUUAUCAUAGGUUUAGGUUGACAUCCCUAUAAAUGAGUUCAACAACAU